CAACACUAAAAAGAAGCCACGCUCCUUCCUUCCUCCCUCCCCUCCCCUCCCCUUCCCUCUCUCUCCCCCCCGCUCCGCUCCCCACGCUUCUCUCUCCCCCCCUGCUCCGUGGGGUGGCGUGCGGCGGCGAGAAGGUGGCCGUGGCCGGGCGGGAUGGAGGAGGAGCAGCGGGACGGCGGGUUUGGAGGGGGCGGGGGCGGGGCGGUGAGGGAGCUGGUGCUGAUGCAGCAGGAGCGGAGGCGGCGGCGGGAGGAGGAGGAGGAGGAGGUGCGGCGCCAGAUGUUCGGCGGAGGGGCGGCCUUCCACGCCGCGGCGGCCGCGGCCGCGCUGGGCCAGCAGCAGCACCACCACCAGGCGGCGGAGUACGGCGACAUCGGGGCCGGCGCCGGAGGCGCGUUCUACGAGAGCGAGGCGGGCGGGUCGUCGGAGCCCGAGCCGCACGGGACGUCCGACCGCCCGCGCGGGGGCGGCGGGUCCGGCAGCAAGCGCACCCGCGCCGCCGAGGUGCACAACCUCUCCGAGAAGCGGCGGAGGAGCAGGAUCAACGAGAAGAUGAAGGCGCUGCAGAGCCUGAUACCCAAUUCCAACAAGACUGACAAGGCGUCGAUGCUCGACGAGGCCAUUGAGUAUCUCAAGCAGCUGCAGCUCCAAGUACAGAUGCUGUCUAUGAGAAACGGGGUUUACUUGAACCCAUCGUAUCUAUCUGGAGCACUUGAGCCUGUGCAGGCAUCACAAAUGUUUGCAGCACUUGGUGCUAGUGGGAGAAAUGUGGCGGCACCAAGCUCCGGGGCAGUAGCGCCACCUGUAAACCAAAGUUCAGGAGCUCAUCUUUCAUUCGAUCCGAUGAAUUCUCCUCAACAAAAUCAACCACAGCCUCUUGUGUUAGCAAGCUGCCCUAAAACAACGAUUCCAGAGCCCCCAUUUCACUUGGAGUCGUCACAGUCCCACCUUCAGUCAUUUCAGUUGCCUGAAUCCUCUCAGAUGAUGUUGCGAGGGGAUAUAAUGCUGAAGCAUCACCUAACAUCAGCUCAGGAAAGAGCUGAUCCACCAGGAAACAAGAUGAACUCAUUAAGGCAAGAAUCAACCAUGUUGAACACUCAUUUUGAUGGAUGCUCACGUAGCAAAGAGCAGUCCCAUGAUAUGGUACCAGCAAAUACACGGCAUGUGUAGCUUAGGAAUAACACCGAAGCCGGCGGCGCGCGAAGGCAGGAUGACGAUCUUGACGUAGUUUCAGUAAUCUAGCUAACCGGCAAGUCCGACAGUUCAAUCGUUGACCUCUCCGCCGCCGCGAUAUAGUACCACUACUGUUAAUUCUUGAAGCAGCCUGAGCGCUUCACCUGGUAGUAGUAGCUAGAGAGAAGAACCCUGUAAAAUAUCGCUCGUCAUCUGAUGCUCCUUUUUCCCGGUCCAUUUGAAGGCCUCAAGAGUCAAGACUAGCGGCAGGUAGCGAGACUAGUCUGCCAUAAUAUGUUUUAUGAUGAUGAGCAGCAGCACAGGCAGGUCUGCCGGGAACUUUUUGAAUUUUGAAACUAAAAAUCAUGCACAGGUCU